AAUUGAUAUGAAUUAAUGAAACCAAACUGGAAAAACACUAUAAUCUAGAAUAUUCUAAACUAUAAACUAAUAAUCAAAAGAAAAGUGGAUAUUCUAGACUAAAGCAAUUAAUAAACAAGACUAGAAUAAUCGAUAAAUGAUCAAUAGACUAGAUGUACUGCAGCUUAAAUACAGUCAAACAGAAACAAAAUACAAAAUGUAAACAAGCGGAAGAGAAGUUAAAUACUACUACAGUACUACCAGGCUGUACUAUCACAGUACAGUGGGGGGGGGGCUUGGGUGUUCCAGGGAACGCGAACCACGCCGUCAACGCUGCGAACGCUCGUGAACGGUCCUCACUGUCUCAUCCCUAUUUUCAGAGAUACAAGAGCAUAAUGAAAUGGGAUAUCACUUUUUUUUCAAUUCCUGAAAACAAGCCAGUCAGGCAUUAAGUCCAAGGCCACAUUUCUUUCCCAACCCUCCCUGCCCACGCACGCACACACACACACACACACGCACACUUCUCCUCCAGCCUCGGCGUUGCCCAACACAGAAGUGAUAAUAUUAACUGUGAUGCGAUCAGAAGUUCGACAUCACAGCCUCUCGUUCUCUUCCCCGACUCUACGCAGUUAUUUUGAGAAGCAGAAAGCAGAGUGGCAGAAGGAGCCGCACGAGCCGCCCAUCCCAGAAUCCCUUGCUGCAGCCGCUGCCGCAGCACAGCAGCUGCAGGUGUCCAGGAAACAGGACGCCCGGCAGACGGCCACCUUCAGACAGCAGCCCCCGCCCAUGAAGGCCUGCCUGUCGUGCCACCAGCAGAUUCAUCGCAACGCUCCCAUCUGCCCACUGUGCAAAGCCAAGAGCCGCUCUCGCAACCCGAAGAAACCCAAGAGGAAGCCAGACGAAUAGGUUCUCCUCCUGCGCCGUCGGCUGCCGUAGGAUUUAUUAAAGGGAACUGCUUCGUUACACUGAUCAAACAUCAGCCGCGUUCACCACCACCAGCAGCGGCUCAGAUACUGUAUAUAAAAAAACAAAAACAAAAAAAAACACGACUCCAACAUUGUCUCCCUUCUUACGCAGUACAUCGGUCUGAAGCAGGUGGCAGUAAAAACACUUCCUUUUCUUAGUACGUUGGCUGGUUUAUAUAUGUAGCUGUGAGACACCACCCUUAGUUUUUAGUCGGUACCUGCAAUAAUGCCAACAACACCCCUGAUAUAAUUGCCCCCCCCCGUCCAUGUCGCUGUUGUUAAAUGCCCUAGAUAUCGUACUGUAACCUCUUAUUUCUAAUGCAUGGCUUUUAUAAACGGUGUGUAUUUUUUUGUGCCAAUAUUAAACUCUAGGUUGAACGUCUUCAGUUGAACAUAAUAACAGUGUUGUUUUAAUGUUUACAUGAGUUCCGGUGCGCGUGUGUGUGUAUGUAUGUAUGUGUGUGUGUGUAACUUUAAUACAGUGAUAAGAAAAUAAAUGGCUGUUUUGUACUAACCUUG